GGAAGCUGUGACAAUGGCCGUGGGAGCCGGAGCCCGAGGCUGAAGGGGCCGGGCUGGAACUCCAGCUGAGCGAGGCGGGCUGAGGUCGCUGAUGCGCUGCCUUCCCAAAGCUGAGCUCUCUCGCUCUCCCCGGUUAGCGCCAGACCACCGACCCCACAGCUGAAGACCGACUCCGGGGAAAUCGACGCCCUAGGGACGCGCGCAAGGCUGGCGGUCGUCGGGAGCGCGCACGUCUGGACGCCGCCGCGGACAAUGCUGCUGCUGCUGCAACUGCUGUCGCUACUGCGGGAGCUCACGGCAGAGAGUCCCUGGGGGCUGCCUGUGGUAGCUGAUGGCCCAGCUUCCUUAGCAAAGGUGGUGAUGGCAGAACUGGCUGACCUGAAGUUAGAAAACAAGCCAUGGCCUGGAGGGACACACUCUCUCCACUACCACUACCUGGCCCUAUCAGAGCCAGGCCCGGGCCUUCCUCAGUUUCUGGCUGUAGGCUACGUGGACGACCAGCCUUUCAUCCAUUAUGACAGUCGUGUGGACAGAGCCAAGCCCCAGGCCCCGUGGAUGGCAGCUGUGGACACCCAGUACUGGGAAACAGAGACCCAGAAGCAGAGAGCCUGGGCAAAGGUGCAGCAGGUGGAGACAUGGACUGUGAUGGGCUACCACAACCAGAGCAGUGGCACACACAGCACUCAGCGAACGUUCGGCUGUGAGAUCCAGGAAGACGGCCGUACCAGCAGCUUCUGGCAGUUUGGCUUUGAUGGCCAGGACCACCUGUCACUGGACCUGGAGACUCUGAGCUGGGUGUCAGCCAAGCCUGUGGCUGUGCAGACCAAGCGUUGGUGGGAAACAGAGCGCUGCUAUGCCGAAUACGACAAGGCCUACCUGGAGGGCCUCUGCCUCACUUCCCUGCACAGGUACCUGGAGCUGGGCAGCCAGAGCCUCACCCGGAAAGAGCCGCCCAAAGUGCAGGUGACAAGACACACAGCUGAGGAUGGGAGCAUCACACUGAGAUGCUGGGCCCGGGGCUUCUACCCACGGGACAUCUCAUUGAGCUGGUGGCUGGGGGAGGAGGAGCUGGUUCAAGAGACCGAGUAUGUGGAGACACGCCCCGGUGGAGACGGUACCUACCAGACAUGGGCGGCCGUGCGGGUGCCAGCCAGGAUGGAGAAUGGGUACAUUUGCCAUGUGCAGCACUCCAGCUUGAACCAUACACUCACUGUGGCCUGGGAAGCACCCUCUCAUCAGUGGAUAACCAGUGCCAAGGUUAUCUCCAUCAUCUUCACCAUCACUUUCUUGCUGGUGGCUGGAGUUUUGAUUUUCAUCAAGCAGUACUCUCAAGCCAGGAAUAAGGAAUCUUGCAAACAAGCCCCAGGUGGAGAGGAGCCUCAUAAUUCCCAAAACCCAAUGAGCGUGGAGGCUGCUCAGCUACUCUGCUGACACAAGUUCACUGUCACAGAUCAAGGAGGUGUUUUAUAGAGGGUUUGGGGGCAUCCAGUGUGCUAGCUGGCUGGCAGUGGUGAUCCAACUGUGAAGGGCCCACCCCACCUCAAAACUGAGCCCUCCUCAGCUCCAUCAGCCUCAUCACAAGCAGUCUGGGCCACUAAGAUAGAUUUGCCAUCUUCCUGAAGUCCUUUUAAAAGUCUAAUUGUCUCCAGUUUGGGGGCGUGGGAAGGAGGGCAGUAAUAAUUCCUCAGAUCGGUUCACACUUGACAAUUUGCACGAUAAUUUCAUGUAAAGUGUAAAUCCCACCUGAGCCUCUCAGGUACUCUGUGAGUUCGGUGAUGGUAUUCUCACCUCCACUUCCCCAACAUGGAAACCACAGCUAUGGGAAGUUAAGGAAGAACCAGAAGAACAGUCAAGGAGUUAUGGGGGCAGCAUGGCCAAAUGCCUACCUCCUUUUAUAAAUGUGUUCUUGUGUGUAUGUAUAUUUUCUUUUAUAAAGAUUGGAGUGUUGGGGGGUGUGAGGAUAUGUGGUUCCUGCAGGGUGAGGGUGGGUGUGUGAGGACAAGGGGGUCCAUGAUGUGUGUGAGGGUGUGUAGGGAGUGACGGUGUAUGGGGGGGGUGUGUAGCAGGGGGUGACUUUGUGUGUAUGAGAAGUUCAAGGGACAGGUGCCCAGGGACCUGUUAGCCCAGGGCAGCUGAAGGAUGGAAAACAAUAGUCAGUAUUUUCCAUCCUGUCCUCUUGAAUGGUUUGAAUUUUUACAAUAAGUACAUGUUACUUUUACAAUAAGGGGAAGAGAAGUUUCACUAUGUCCUGUGGAAAUGCUUGUUAAGAAUUCUUGUUAAGGAUGUGUCUGGGAAGGUCCAGCCUCUCCUUCUCUGAAUUUCAGUAUAGCAGAAA